GGGUCUGUCAGGGGGAAUAACAGAGAAAACUACACUUGUAUAUGAUUGUUUUACAUUUCUUCUAUUUUUUUUUUUUUACAGACUCCAGGUCUGUAAACUUAUAUUUUAUGUAUCACCUGCAGUACACGUUGGGGAGAGUCCACCAGAGGGCGCUCCAACACAAACACUUGGUCAAGUCCUCCCCUCAGUCUCCAGCACAUCCCUGGUGUAGAACAACACUGAGCACUGUUUACUCACUAUGAGAUCCAUCACAUCACAGCUGUCCGCCAGCUGCAGGAACCUGUUAUACUCCACAUGCAUGUUUUAACUCACUGUCAUAAAGUUUCAUCUGAACAUCAUUAAAAAUUUGAGACAAAUUCUCCCAUGAUGCUCCAAACAGAAAAUAGGCCUACCUUUAACAUUCUUUUGGGUCCUUUUUCCACACCAAGUGGUCACUGUUUACAUGAUGGCAGUUUAGUUUUAUCCCUGUUUGUCAAAGUGGCUCCACAGGUUGAUGUCUCCUCACCAUGAGGCAGUGGCCAGCUGUGAUCACAGAUGCAAACAGGCCAUCCUCGGAGACGGUUUGACUCGUCUCAAGCUAUUUCUGCAAGAAAAGUAAGUACAUCUUGCAGGGUUCUCGUGUGAGUUUGAGGGUUUAGCCACACAACCGCAAAAAAAACAAAACAAACAAAACAUCAAUACCUUGAUUGUAGAUGGGGCUUGUGCACAAUGGAUGGUCAUGACCACAACUCAAGGGAGAUUGAUAUCCCUUGGCUUGCUGGUUGAUUAUUUUCGCUGUGGGCAUUGUGACCCCCACCUGAAUCAUGGCAGAUCUGGAAGCAACCCAUUGUUACUGUCAAGAUGAGGUUGGGUUUGCACUUGGCCCUGUUGCCAUGGCCAUGAGAUAUGAUGACGAAGCGGAAAACAAGUGACGAAGCUGCGCAGCUUGAUUUUUUUCCAGGCUGGAGUGAUGUUUUCAUCUCUUAUGAAUUGAAGACACUGCACUCCAGCCUACAAUCAUCUAUGUUCAAACUAUACGUAAAAUAUAUUUUCCUCUCACUUUAUUUGUGUUAAUUUGACCUGUUUCUACAACAACCAGGUGAUGGACGGCGACGUCCAUUUGUGUAAAACAAUACAAUAACAUGCAGCAUUUACGGAGUCUGAACCCGCCAUAAUCUCUAAGAAAAACACUGUCACAGCUCCAGCUGGUUUCCUCAGACAGCUGCAUGUCUUUGGGAGGAGUCAGUGAGAUAAGAUACCAAGGUAAAGAAGUGUGCUCCGUCUGCACCACAACACUGUUGUUAUGAAAGAGGUUUCAUCCACCAGCCAAUCAGAAAUAAGCUGGACAUUUUUAAUUCUACCAAAAAGAAAAAAGGUCCACUCACUGCAGCUUUGACUGUCACUCAGACAAACCUGCUCAUUCACCUGUCCAGUCAAUGUUUGCAUUUUCUGACUCACAGUGUGUCUCCAAGUCUUCAAUCAUCAUUUCAAUCUAUUUUUCCCUCAUAUUCACUUCAUUCUCUGUUCCGAUUAUGACCACUGUGAUCAUGUGAAGCCAAACUGGAGAGUAACAUUAAAUGAAAUAUUCUCUGUGAAUGGCCCACAAUGAGAGUUUCCAGUUACAUAUUACAGCAGCUCAUAGCUUUACACUGGACAUCAGAUAAAAAAGAAGCUUAUCUAUUCCUUCUUUUAAGUGGAUCCACCCUUACAGCUGUGGUGCAGUGGGUCAGAUAAGCCUUAGAAACAAACCAUGCAUUGGCAUGAAAACACAGAAAAUGACUUUUCUCCUCACAUUGGACGGUUUCCAACUGAUAAACAAAUCUAUUAAUAUUACUUGGCAACAGAGCUUAGAUUUAAAGAAUCUGUUUGAAUUACAUGUGCUUGGUGUCUGCUUGUUUGAAAUAUUAGAACAGAGGAAAAGCUUCAGUCUGUCAAACCUGACAAUAAUAACUGCAGCCACACACUCAGCUCUAUAAUUCCUGUCAUUGUGUGGUAGUGAUUGAACGUUUUGUUCUGGAGUAAUCUCUGAAAGGGUAGGUUUGGCAAAUCAUGUGGUCUUGUUGUUUAUGGAGAUACAGUAUAUGCUGCUUUAUGCUUUGACCUGCCCCUGUAGAAUUACAUCUGAAAUAUUUACACCAGUCACUACAUAUACAUUACAUAGGCCUAUAUAUAUAUUUACCUGUAAUCAUUACUGACAAUUGUAAAAUGAGGUUUGGUUCCAGAGGAACCGUGGGAAGAAUUUUGUUUAUCUCACGCAAGCUGCAGCCCAUCACUCGGACCGCCUUACGCAGCCUAUCUUGGAGGUGGUCCCGGGUGUGCCCACACUCUGUUUCAAGCAUAAAAUCCCCGCGGUUUGCGCUGAUCACGGCAUUCAACAGAUAGUCAAACAAAAGACAAGAUGACCAGUCUCACUGCUAAGGACAAGGAAACCGUCAGGGCCUUCUGGGCUAAAGUGUCUGGAAAGGCUGAGGACAUCGGCAAAGAUGCUCUGAACAGGAUGCUGAUCGUGUACCCUCAGACCAAGACUUACUUCGCCCACUGGAAGGACCUGAGCCCCGGCUCUGCCCCGGUGAGGAAGCACGGAAUCACCGUGAUGUCUGGAGUCGCUGAUGCUGUGACCAAGAUCGACGAUCUGAAAGGAGGUCUCCUGAACCUCAGUGAGCUGCAUGCCUUCACUCUGAGGAUUGACCCUGCCAACUUCAAGAUUCUGUCCCACAACAUCCUUGUGGUCAUGGCCAUCAUGUUCCCCAACGACUUCACCCCUGAGGUCCAUGUGUCUAUGGACAAGUUCCUGGCUUGUCUGGCUCUGGCCCUGGCUGAGAAAUACCGAUAAACAGCAGAAGAUGACGGAGACUGCAGCAUGAGUUCACUCUGCAAAUUCAAUAAUAAAUGAAUGAAA